AUCAAGCAAACAUUCCAAAACUCACAUAAUAAUCUCUUCCACAUCUUUCCAAAAAAAUGGAAAUUAAAUUCCAAGUUAUCCUAAUCGUCUUCUCCCUCCUUCUUGCACUGGCAUUACCAUUGACAUUCGCGUAUGCUCAUGUCCCGGCCAAGCCAAUGGAGACUACUGUAAACAUGGUGAUCGAGGGUAUGGUUUAUUGCCAAAGUUGCGAUAACUACGGAUCAUGGUCAUUAUCAAAAGCCAAGCCAAUUGCAGAAGCUAAAAUUAGUGUCAUAUGCAAAAACUACAAGAAAAGAGUAAACUUUUACAAGGCAUUUGAAACAAAUGAAUAUGGUUAUUUCUAUGCAGAGUUACAAGGUUUUGAAAUGGGACAUUCUUAUUUAGACCAUCCUUUACAUUCAUGUCGUGUGAAAUUGGUCUCUUCUCCUUUAGAAACAUGCAAUGUUUUUAGUAACAUUAACAAUGGACUCAAUGGUGCAAAACUCAGAUUUGAAGACAAGACAAUUGACAGAAGUGAUUACAAAGCUGUAAUUUAUACUGCUGGUCCUUUGGCUUUUCGACCAACUUAUUGCCCACCUAAAUAAUCUUAACUUAUAAUUUGACUUCAACCACAAAAUUUUGUGCUUUGAUCUUAUUACAAAAGUCCAAUGUCUUUUACAAGAGUUUGUACUAUGAUUUUUGUCCUUUGUACCGAACAACCUAAACUGUAAGAUAUUGUUGUCCUGUGUACCAAACAACCUAAAUUGUAUGAUAUUCUUGCUUUUUGUUAUAUUUUUUUCUUCAUAAUUAAUUACUGAAAUGUUUCUCCA